UAGAGAUGCUGGGUUACAGUACUAGCCGUCACUUAUCAUUUAGCGUUAUAGGGGAAUAAACUAUGAUAUUGGAAUCAAGAAGGAUUUGACUGUGCUUUUGGGAACACAAUUUUCCGUUUAUACAAGGCCUCGUGCCUUGUAGAAAAUCGAUUUAGAUGGUGUAGAAGUGACAAUUGUUUUUAUUUGUUUCAAACGCAAGGAGUCUGUCGCAGUGGCCUAUAAUAUUUUACAACGGAUUGAAACAAACAGAAGACGUGACAAUGGCUAUGCAUUUAUAUCAAGUUAGUAGUAUGCUACUAGAAAAUACCGUCGGGAAAAUUAGUGACAACGUGACAUCGGUGGUUCUUGCAGUGUUUGUGAUCACCCUAACUUUGGGAUAUAUUUCUAAACUGGUGCUCAAACAGUCACAAUCUUCUUCCGACGAAGACAAGAAAUACCCACCAUACAUACCUUCUAGCAUUCCAUUUCUGGGUCAUGCCAUAGCAUUCGGGAAAAGUCCCAUUGAAUUUCUGGAGGAUGCAUAUGAAAAGUAUGGGCCCGUUGUCAGCUUUACCAUGGUGGGAAAAACCUUUACCUACCUUCUGGGUAGUGAGGCUGCCACACUGAUGUUCAACAGCAAGAACGAAGAUCUCAAUGCAGAGGAUGUCUAUUCUCGAUUGACCACACCAGUUUUUGGCAAAGGGGUUGCAUACGAUGUACCUAACCAUAUUUUCCUGGAACAGAAGAAGAUGUUUAAGACAGGACUGAACAUUGCCCAUUUCAAACAGCACGUUGAAAUCAUCGAGGAGGAAACUAAAGAGUACUUUUCAAGAUGGGGAGACAGCGGGGAAGAAAACCUGUUUGAGGCCCUGUCGGAGCUGAUCAUCCUGACGGCCAGUGCCUGUCUGCAUGGGAAGGAGAUCCGCAGCAUGUUGGAUGAGAAGGUGGCCCAGCUCUACGCAGACCUGGACGGGGGCUUCAGCCAUGCUGCCUGGCUGCUGCCCGGCUGGCUGCCGCUGCCUAGUUUCAGACGAAGGGACAGAGCACACAGGGAGAUCAAGAACAUCUUCUACAAAGUCACCCAGAAACGCAGAAGCUCUGGAGAGAAAGUGGACGACAUGCUGCAGACCCUCAUAGAUGCCACCUACAAGGAUGGUCGGCCCCUGAAUGAUGAUGAGAUAGCAGGCAUGCUGAUUGGUCUACUCCUGGCUGGACAGCACACAUCCUCUACCACUAGUUCCUGGUUGGGCUUCUUUCUGGGCAAAGAUAAGGCCCUACAGGACCGCUGCUACGCUGAACAGAAAACAGCAUGCGGAGAAGACCUGCCCCCACUCAACUUUGACCAGCUGAAGGACCUGACUUUGUUGGACCGCUGUUUGAAAGAGACCCUCCGACUACGUCCACCCAUCAUGACCAUGAUGAGAAUGGCACGCUCUCCUCAGACUGCAGCAGGCUACACCAUCCCAGCCGGCCACCAGGUGUGCGUGUCCCCGACGGUCAACCACCGUCUGCAGGACACCUGGACAGAGAGGAUGGAGUUCAGGCCUGACCGCUACCUCAAUGAUAACCCUGCCGCAGUUGAGAAAUUUGCCUAUGUGCCCUUUGGAGCCGGCCGUCACCGCUGCAUUGGGGAGAACUUUGCCUACGUUCAGAUCAAGACCAUCUGGUCUACCAUGCUGCGCCUUUUCGAAUUUGACCUGGUCGAUGGCUACUUCCCCACAAUCAACUACACAACCAUGAUCCACACCCCACACAACCCCGUCAUCAGAUACAAGAGGAGGCAACACUAAGAGACACUGAGCGCAAAACACAGCAGAGAAAAGAGGUGACACCCAGGAGAAGAGCAAGGCUUUGUCCAAAAUGGCGUCCUAUUCUAUAUUGUACUCAUUUUGUCCAGAGCGUCAUAGAGCUGCGACCAAAAGUAGUGCACUAUAUUGGAAAUAGGGAGCCAUUUCAGUUUUCCCCCAACAAACAACCUAACUUACCUUAAAUGGUUUAAUUUAGAGGAAAUUAUUGUACUUGAAUUUAGGAACUGUGCAAGUUAAUGCACAGAGUUUUGGCUGGAAAUUAAACAACUUUACUUUGGGUGCCCACCUUGUGUGCCUUGUUGUUUAGUUGUUAGAAUGUACACUGAAUCAGUUUGUUUCUUCACUAACGGCUUCUCUUUAGUAGUCUAAUCCCAAAUUAGAUCUGUUUGUGCGGUCAUGCCAAUGGCCAUAGGAUUUGGCUACAGUAUACAGCACAAACAGAUCUGGCCAAAAGCUUCAUCUUUUGUCCAUUCUAUUUCAACUGUCAUGGUAAUACAUAUACAGUGAGCUCCAAAAGUAUUGGGACAGUGACAAUUUUUGUUGUUGUUUUGGCUCUGCUCCAGCACUUUGGAUUUGAAACACUACAAUAACUAUGAUAUUUAUGCCUCUGUAACUUUGAGGUUAAAGUGCAGACUUCCAGCUUUAAUUUGGUCCCCCCAAUUUUAGGGGACCAAACGUAUUGGGACAAAUUCUCUUGUGUUUUAAAGUAGUCGAAAGUUUAGUAUUAGCAUGCAAAGAUUACAUUAAGCUUGUGACUGCAAACUUGUUAGAUGCACUUGCUAAUAGUUCUGGUUGUGUUUCAGAUAAUUUUGUGCCCAAUAGAAAUGAAUGGUAGAUAAUGUAUUGUCAUUUUGGAGUAACAUUUAUUGUAAAUAAAAACAGAAUGUUUCUAAACACUUAUACAUUAAUGUGGAUGCUAACAUGAUUACAGAUAAUACUGAAUCAAUCAUGAAUAAUCAGUGAGAAAGUUAAGAGGCAUAAAUAUCAUAGUAUCAUUUCAAAUCCAAAGUGCAGAGCCAAAACAACAAAUGUGUCACUGUCCCAAUACUUUUGGUGCUUAGCGUAGGCUUUCAAGCUUCCACUGUGUGAAAUGUGAUAGUCUCCUGUGUGUAUGAGUGACACUAUUACAGUAAGGAUGGAUAUUACUGGAGUAAAAAGCACUGCCUUUUACAGAGCAGUGAGAAAAAGUAAAACCACUGAUCCUUAUCCAUUGAUUCAUAGAGAUCAGUGAUCAAACUGACUUUGUAUGUACUACUGUCCAUUCAUAUAAUUGUACAAAGAUAGAGAACCUGGGCUGGGUCAAACAAAGAAAACAGACUUGAAACAUGGAGGGACAACCUGCACUUGCUCAAUGAGACAAAUUUCAGUUUUCUGUUGUGUGCCCUAAUAAACACGACUAAGUGUAUUGAGUGGGAAUGUUGGACGGUCAGGGUAAUAUGGGUCAGUUAUUAGUCCAUUUGUUUUUGAUUUGACUAUUUGAAGCCUAGUGUUGUGAACAUUGGUCCUUUAUAUAUAUAUAUAUAUAUAUAUAUAUAUAUAUUUAAAAAUCUAAAUAUCAUGUUCAAUUUGUCUUCACACCAUAAUUUUAUUGACUACAUUUCCCCCAUACCAGAUUCACAUUUUAGCUCAAGUUCUAUUUUGUUUUACAACUGUUAGAACUAAUUAAACGUGUACCUGUAAAAUCAAA